CCGGAUGUGGAACUCCUAGGCUACGGCGGAAGUGGCCUAAGGAGGAGGUGGCGGCGGAGGAGGAGGAGGAGGAAGGCCGCGGCCUGGCUCAGAGACUCGGAGAGGCCCCAGGGACGGAGCGCCGCCGCCGCCGCUGAAAGCCCGGUCCCGCGGAGCCACAAUGAGUGACCAGCAGCUGGAUUGUGCCUUGGAUUUGAUGAGGCGUCUGCCUCCUCAGCAGAUUGAGAAAAACCUCAGUGACCUGAUCGAUUUGGUCCCAAGCCUGUGCGAAGAUCUCCUGUCCUCAGUCGACCAGCCUUUGAAGAUUGCCCGCGAUAAGGUGGUGGGAAAGGAUUAUUUGCUGUGCGACUACAAUAGAGAUGGAGACUCAUACAGAUCACCGUGGAGCAACAAAUAUGACCCGCCUCUGGAAGAUGGCGCCAUGCCCUCUGCUCGCCUGCGAAAGCUGGAGGUGGAAGCGAACAACGCCUUUGACCAGUACAGAGACUUGUAUUUCGAAGGGGGCGUUUCCUCCGUCUACCUCUGGGACCUGGAUCACGGAUUUGCCGGCGUGAUUCUAAUUAAGAAAGCUGGCGACGGAUCAAAGAAGAUUAAGGGGUGCUGGGACUCCAUCCACGUGGUGGAAGUGCAGGAGAAAUCCAGCGGCCGCACUGCCCAUUACAAGCUGACCUCUACGGUGAUGCUGUGGUUGCAGACGAACAAAACCGGCUCCGGCACAAUGAACCUCGGAGGCAGCCUCACCAGACAGAUGGAAAAAGACGAGACUGUGAGCGACUCCUCUCCACACAUAGCCAACAUCGGCCGUUUGGUAGAGGAUAUGGAGAAUAAAAUCAGAAGUACGCUGAAUGAGAUUUAUUUUGGAAAAACAAAGGACAUCGUCAAUGGGCUGAGAUCUAUUGAUGCUAUUCCUGACAACCAAAAGUAUAAGCAGUUGCAGAGAGAGCUCUCCCAAGUGCUGACCCAGCGCCAGAUGUACAUUCAGCCGGAUAACUAAGCCGGCCCAGGUCUGUGCAGACUUUUGCGGACAAAUCAAAGCAAGAAGCGCUUAAGAACGACCUGGUGGAGGCUUUGAAGAGAAAGCAGCAAAGUUAAAAACCGAUACUCCGUCGACGACGCUAACGCGACACGCCAUGCGUUCAUUAGAUUUCCUUUUUUUUUUUGCCCCCUUAGAAAACAUUUCCUCUCUCUUUCUCUUUCUGCCACCCUUCGCCCUGCCUGCCACCAAAUGUUUUCUUUUCUCCGUCAUGCCCCACAUACGAUAUUCUUCCACUCACGACCGCUCACCUCCGACAAAUAAAGCUGUAUAAACUUUUUUGCAGUCUCUCGCGGCUUAAUUCUGCUCCAUCUUAUAAUGGAAGCCUUGCAGCAUUUCUGUAGAAAGAUCCAUGGGGUCGAUCACGACCCUCUUUCCCCUUACAUUCCCCUUUACAUUGAUAUGCAUAAAAAACACCCGCCGGUCAUUCUGUUUAAUCUCUCCCUUCCCUCUACACCUCCUUUCCCUCUGCAUUCUUUCCAUCUUUUGUUACAUUGGUGUAAAAAAUGUAAAACAGAACAAAAAAAAUAAUAUCCCCCUUUAUUAAAUACGGUGGUUUGCGGAAGAAGAAACAGAAGAUGCCCACAACAACCCUGGAAUGAUUGUUCGAUGUAUGUUUUUAAUGGAGGGGGGAGGCAGCAGGACGGGGAACAGGUGCGAAUGGCGGCCGCCUCUCUGAAAUUUGGCUGGAUUGUUCUGCUUCCGAACCAGAACGAAUCGAAGCGCUUUCCCUCCCGCUUUUUUGAUUUCUACGGAAUGCAAAAGGAAAAAAGAAAAGACUGGUUGUUGUUUUUAGUUUCAUAUUUUUCCCCUCUCGGUUGGUUGGUUGGUUGUUGUUUUUUUUCUCUCUCUCUCUUUUUUUAAUUUGUAAUGCUUAAAAUUUGAAUCUACAUCUUAUACUUGAGCCUCCAUACUUAAAAAGGAAAAAAAAACUAAUAAAUCACAAAAAACAAA